CGCGCGCACUCACACACACGCGCGAGCGCGCACAAGUGAUGGAAGACUGAACAGGGGAUAUCGCCUGUUGCUCGUGCUGUCAGGAUGUUACACAGGGACCCUCCUGCUGCUUAUCACUAAAGCUGACAUGCAGCUGAUAAACUCUGGCAUUGCAGACCGUGCAUUUGUUUCAGCUCUGGUGGGAAAACGCAAAGCAAAGGAAAUGGACGCUGCACGCACGAACACACAAGGGCUCGCGCCAUAAAGUGCUGUUCGGAUACCGGACACUGAAGCUUCAUGAAAGGGAGAUUUUUUUUGUCUUACAUGUAAAUCCUUAGUACCAGAAUCAUGUACUAAGUGGAGGCAUUUUUCUUUUUUUUUUUUCCUGCGCUAAUGUCUUGUUUUUUCGGGAAUAGUCUCCGGUUAUUGGCGCGUGGACUUUUUGGAUGCUGAAGCAGAAAGCAUGGCGAGCGAUCUGAAACCACGGCUUUGCUGCAUGAACAAAAGUGAGAAUGGCUACGGCUUUCAUUUGCACGGAGAGAAGGGAAAAACUGGACAGUACAUCCGCAAAGUGGAGCCUGAUUCUCCUGCAGAGGAGUCGGGACUGCGCGCGGGGGACCGAGUGGUGGAGGUGAACGGGGACAAUGUUGAGCGAGAAACCCACCAGCAAGUGGUGCAGAGGAUCAAGGCAAUCGAGCACGAAACCAGGCUGCUGGUAGUGGACCGUGAGACAGAUGAGUACCUGCGCAGUCUGCGUCUCACCUGCACAGAAGACAUGGCUGUGCGAGUCAGUCCAUCAGCAUCUUCCUCCUCCCCUCCCCCGAUCCCCAGCAAGCGAGAAAACAACUCGGUGUCUAAAUUGCCAACGGGUCGUGAGAUAUCCAAACCCAGCAGGAGGUCCCCAUCACGGGCUACCAAAAAGGAGGCUCCAGUGGUGCCGUCUGCUCCAGCAGAUGUGUCCGAGCUCAUCCCCAGGUUUUGUCACCUGGUCCGGGCAGAAACAGGGUAUGGCUUUAACCUUCACAGUGAGAAGUCCAAACCUGGUCAGUACAUCCGCUCUCUGGACCCGGGAUCUCCAGCUGACCGCGCAGGUCUUCGGCCACAGGACAGACUCAUUGAGGUGAAUGGGGUGAACAUUGAGGGCAUGCGUCAUACCGAGGUGGUGGCCUUCAUCAAGCGCGGAGGAAACGAGACCCAUUUACUGGUAGUGGAUCCAGAAACAGAUGAGCAUUUCAAUAAGCUGGGCAUCACCCCCAGCAGCAGCCAUGUCAAAGGUUUCGAGGGUAAGACCAUCACUAACGGCUCACCAAAUCCUCGAGUCAAUGGCCACUCCACCCAGUCAGCACACUCUGACCAAAGCAGCCAAGACAAUAGCACACAGAACUCUGAGGAUGGUGAUAGCCACUCACUAGACCCUUUCGCAGAGAUCGGUCUGAGGCUGAGCCCCACUGCAGCAGAGGCGAAAGAGAAAGCGCAUGCUAAGCGUGGCAAGAAGCGAGCACCACAGAUGGACUGGAAUAAGAAAUACGAGAUUUUUAGCAAUUUCUGAACACAACACACAUUUUCACACGCUCCUCAAUCUGGAAUUCCCUGACAUGUCGCCUUUAACUCUCGCCCCUGUCGUCACUGACUGCUUUUAAUGGAGAAGGCUGUUAUUUUUGUAGAAAAAGAAAACGAGGAAAAAUAUUUGCAAAGGAUGAUUGGAGCAGGCAGUGGGGAAAAGCUUCGGUCUAUUUUUUCACUAAUUUCUAACUGGAAAAGAAAAACUCCUGAUUCAGAUCUCUGAUGGGGGAAAAAAGGCCAACGAGAACAUGAAGAAAGCUCUUGUUGUUUUUUAUUGCUUUUACUUAAGUUUACUGCUUCUCUACGACCACUUCAGACCGAAUCUUUACAAGACCAUUAGACAUUUGAUCAAUCUGCAAAAAAACACCAGGAAAUUCAUGCCUUAUCAUUUUGCAUCAUGUUGUCUCGAUGGUGCUGCUCUCUGAUCUAGCUGAAGAAAAUCUUGAGGGUGGGAAAAGGAUAUAAAUUUAGAAUUAAUUCGAAUUUCUAUAUGUUCCUUAUAAAUCAGUAUUACAUAUAAAUAGAUUGAUCUGAUUUAAACCUUCUUCAGGAUGCAACUCAGAAUAAUCUGCCUUUGUUUACACUUCAGGUAAAAUCAAGCAAAUAAAGUGAGGUGUUGUAUAUUGUAUGAAAAGUAUUUUGUAAGUAAAGUGAGGCAGGCACAAGUGGAUAUCUGGUGAAGAUUCUAUUAAUGGACACUAGAGGGUAGCAUUGUAAUAGAAUUUUAUUCAAGCACAGAUUAAGAACUUACAAGUGGUAUCCACUAGAGGGAACCAUUUGUACGACAAGUGAUUGGAUUUUUCUUUUUUCAAUAACAAGCUCAACACCACCCCACACAAACACACACACACACACACACACACACACAAAUCAAUCAUGGAGUUGAAACACCACUCAAAUCAAAAUCAACAAGAAGAAGCAGACAUUUCAUUGUAACCUAAAGCAGUGAUUGGAGUUAAUAUUUUUAACUGAUGAUGAACUGACCAUUGUGGCUGCAGUGUGUAUUAUCUGAUCCACAAACAGAUGAAGGAUGUGAUGAAAAGAGAAGCUAAUGCUGGAUCGAUAAGCUAAUGAAAUUUAAAGACAGUAUGCAGCUUUUGUCGAAACGGACAGAGGACCACUGAGAGUCUCUGACAAUCAGAAACUGCUUGACCUGUGGUAUGGUGCAAAAAUGCAGGCUAUGCAUCGGGUUCUCUUUGAACGUUAAGCAAGAUCAGAUUCAGAUCAUGUGCUGAUGAACUUCUUAAUCUGCAUAUAUAACGUCAUUAUUUUACCUUAUACCUUUGACACUCAUGCAUAUUAGCAGCAUUGCUGUAUUCCAUUAACAAUCUUUUUUUUUUUUUUUUUUUAUCUAGUAUGGCUUUCUUUUUGUUUGUUAGCGUCAUUUGUGUUUGCUGUACAUUUUCCCUGUUCCUGACAUUGUAUGCAUUCAGAUUUCUGUAUGCUUAUGUAUAUUCACAAUGGGAAUAUAUGUCAGGUUGCAAUGUUUCUUUUUUUCUUUCAAUAAAGUGUGAUAUUCGCACA